CUGAAGUGGGAAGACAUGCCAAGGAGCGGGAGAUAUGGCAGGAGAUAUGGAGGCUCUGGAUAUGGAAUUCUUCAACUUUUCUGCCAAAUAGAGAUAAUAUUUUUAAUGAUCUUCAAUGAUAUGGAGAAUGGAGUAAAAUCCCCCUCAAUGUUAAUCAGAGUUUCUAAUGAGACACAUUGCCAUGUAUUGCCUUCAGAUGUUGUUUCAGAUGUAGUUUCAAUGCAAUCAUUUCCCCGCAUUGUCUACACUGGUGGUUUUCUCUCUAGUAUGGAUCUUCGAAUGUCUCUAUAUAUUGUGGUAAACUGAACCGUUUGUGGCAAUAAUUACACAUAUUUGAUUGCAUUGAUAAUAAAUGAUUUUCAAGUUGCUUUUUGCAGUAUGGAGCAUUCUAUGUUCUGCAAGGUGACUGGAAUUUUUGAUUGAUUCCAGGCAAAUAUUACAUUCAAAACGCACAUUGCCUGGUGGUUUUUUCUCCAGUAUGGAUCAUCGCAUGUCUCUCAUAUAUUGUGGCAAAUUGAACCGUUUGUGGCAGUUAUCACACUAUUGAUCGUUUAUAUUUGAAUGCAUUGAUAAUCUUUAAGACCUUCAUGAUUUGGGACAUUGAGCACAAUGAUAUGGUCUCUCACCAGGAUGGAUCAUUCUAUGUUCUGCAAGGUGACUGGAGUUUUUGAAUGAUUUCAGGCCAACAAUACAUUCAAAACACAAACUGCUAUGCACUAUUUUUGAAUGAUUUUUCAGCUGGUGAUUCAAUGCAAAC